AUGCCACGCUCUCAACAAGCCCAGUUGUACCGCGGUAUUCUGCGAGAAUUCAGAAGAGCUGCGACUCAGCCUGGACAAAUCAACCGUCGUUUGAUUUCCAAGUUCCGUGCAUUGGCUGCACAGUCCCAGUCCGACAGCGCGAUACAAGACCUUCAAAAUUCCGUCCUCUUUUUAAAAUCACAAAGGGAAUAUACUACUUUACUCGAACGUUACAAUCCCUUGAUAGAUUUGACGGCUGAAGAACGGAUUGAAGCUACCGCACGACGUGUCGGUCUCAAUAUGCCCAAGACACCUGCGACGGACGAUCGAUGA